GAGCUACUCUCAUAGGAAUGAACGGUGCUCCACCUACGACGCUGUAUUUCUCUUUAUACAUCCAUGCUUGCUAAAUUCUGCACUCCGUAUGUGUGAAAAUGUUAACCAUUCUGACGUUUUGAUAUCACAUAUGCAGUCACGGUCAGUCCUUUUAUAGCCACGUGAUCAAUGACGGCUUUGGUCAGCCAUGGCUGUCGUGUCAUGGAAGGAGAUGUUACUUUUGACUGGACUGGUGGUGGGAUGUUACUGGAACAGUCUGUCCUGCGGCUUUGUGUUUGAUGAUGUCUCUGCAAUCCUUGACAACAAGGACCUACGACCCUCAACCCCUAUCCGCAACCUAUUCCAAAAUGACUUCUGGGGAACACCCAUGUCUGAGGAGCGGAGCCAUAAAUCUUACCGACCCCUAACGGUACUCACCUUUCGACUGAACUACCUCUUCAGUGAGCUGAGCGCUGCCUCCUACCAUUUUCUCAAUGUUGUUCUACACGCCGUAGUAUGUGUGCUUUUCCUGCGAGUGUGCCGUUUGUUCCUGGACGACACUUCCAGCUUGGUGGCAGCAUUGCUGUUUGCUGUGCACCCCAUCCACACUGAAGCUGUCACAGGUGUGGUUGGCCGAGCAGAACUUCUUUCCUCCAUCUUUCUCCUGGCUGCUUUCCUGGCCUACACAAAAUCAACAGGGAGAGACCACUCCAUUGUGUGGGCUCCCAUCGCUCUGACAGUUAUUCUAGUGGCUGCAGCAACACUAUGCAAGGAGCAGGGAAUCACUGUGGUCGGCAUCUGCUGUGUCCAUGAAGUGUUUGUGGCUCAAGGGUUUUCCUUGCCCAUGCUGUUGGACACGCUUCGGCAGGUGUUGCAGGGUAAAGAAGGUUUCCCCUACGCUCUCCUGCAGACUCUGCUGAAGCUCAUCGUCCUCGUCAUCAGCACCCUGCUGCUCGUCAUCGUCAGGGUCCAGAUCAUCCAGUCGCAGCUUCCUGUCUUCACAAGAUUUGAUAACCCGGCAGCUGUCAGCGUCAUUCCCACAAGACAACUGACUUUCAACUACCUUCUUCCUUUGAAUGCGUGGCUCCUGCUGAACCCCUCUGAGCUCUGCUGUGAUUGGACGAUGGGCACCAUCCCUCUGGUGGAGUCAGUCCUGGACCUCCGUAACCUGGCCACGCUGCUGUUCUACACCUUUCUGGGCCUGCUGGCCUACUACAGCCUGCGCUACAGCCACAGCUCCUCGAAGACCGUCAUCAUGGCCCUGUCCUUCAUCGUCCUGCCUUUCAUUCCUGCGUCCAACCUCUUCUUCCCUGUGGGCUUCGUGGUGGCCGAGAGGGUCCUCUAUGUGCCCAGCAUGGGCUUCUGUGUGCUCGUUGCUCAUGGAUUCAAGAUCAUCUCACAUAAAGGGUACUUAAAGAAGAUUUCCUGGUUGGUAAUCGGGGUGCUUUUGGCCACACAUGCAGUGAAAACGUUUAAGAGGAAUUGGGACUGGGAGUCUGAGUACACUCUGUUCACUUCGGCCCUGAAGGUCAACAAGAACAACGCCAAGCUUUGGAAUAACGUUGGCCACGCUCUGGAAAACCAAAACAAUUACGACACGGCUCUGCGGUAUUUUCUCCAGGCUACACGCGUCCAGCCAGAUGACAUUGGUGCUCACAUGAAUGUUGGAAGAACCUACAAGAACCUGAACAAGUCCAGAGAGGCAGAAGAUGCGUACUUGGUUGCCAAAUCCCUCAUGCCACAGGUUAUUCCAGGUAAGAAGUACGCGACUCGUGUGGCCCCUAACCAUCUCAACGUUUACAUAAACCUUGCUAACCUGAUACGGGCAAACGAAUCGAGGUUGGAAGAGGCCGACCAGCUCUACCGACAGGCCAUCAGCAUGAGGCCAGACUUCAAACAAGCCUACAUCAGCAGAGGAGAGCUUCUUUUGAAGAUGAACAAGCUGAGCGAAGCGCGGGACGCCUACCUCCGAGCCUUGGAGCUGGAUCGCACCAACGCUGACCUGUGGUACAACCUGGCCAUCGUCAACAUCGAGAUGAAAGACCCAUCGGAAGCUCUGAAGAACUUCAAUCACGCACUCGAGCUGAACCCACGCCACAAACUGGCACUCUUCAACUCAGCACUUCUGAUGCAAGAGUCUGGUGAGCCAAAGUUCUGGCCUGAGGCGAACCGUCGCUUCCUGAUCUACGUGGAAGAAGAGCCCGAAGACGCCAACGGCUACUUCAACCUCGGCAUGCUGGCCAUGGACGCCAACGAAAACGUGGCAGCUGAGCGGUGGAUGAAGAGAGCGAUUAGUUUGCAGGCCGGCUUCCGCAGCGCCCUGUUUAACCUGGCGUUGCUUUACUCUCAGUCCAAACGAGAGAUAGACGCGCUGCCAGCGUUGGACGAGCUGCUGCGCCACCACCCUGAACACAUCAAGGGUCUCAUCCUGAAGGGGGACAUCCUCAUGAACCACAAGAAGGACACAAAUGGCGCCAAAGCCUGCUUCGAGAGAAUUCUAAGCGUGGAUCCCACCAACGUGCAAGGCAAACACAACUUGUGUGUCGUGUACUUCGAGGAGCGAGACCUCCCGCGUGCCGAACGCUGCCUGGAGGAAACGCUCGCUCUGGCACCGAACGAGGAGUAUGUGAAACGCCACUUGAGUAUUGUCCGCAGUAAGAUGGCCGCCAUGAGCUCCGCAGGGCAGCCACUUACAGCACGGGGAGAAACCACGUCUGCUCAGGAGGAAAAGCCCCUUAAGGGAGUUGAGGACAGGGAGGAGGAAGUGUCUGAGGGUGAGGAGGAAGGGAGGGGUGCUGAUGCUGUAGGGAAGGGGGCUGGGAAUGAGAAGAAUGUGCGGAAAUCCUCCACAGAACGCCUCGGAGGUGUAGGCGUCGACCAAUCAGAGUCUCUGGACAGUAGCCAGUCUGACAAGCGGACUAAGGGUAAGUCCACGAAAGAGAUUUCAGAUAUAGAGGGGAAAAGAGCAGCCGCCUUGAAGAGACUGGAGGAGAUUGAGCGCAUAUUAAGUGGUGAUUGACACGGUUGUAAUUUAUAGUUGGGACUACUUUUUAUAGAGCUCCUUUGAGGCUCCGGGAUACGACUGCAUUUCCCACUCGUAUUGUCAUGUUAUUCCCUUUUUGAUUGACUCACUCGUUUGCAGGCUGCUCCGCAUGUUUGAUUUGACACUAAUCAUGUAAAGGGAAAUCUGCACACAAAUCUUAUGUAACAAUAAGCACAAUUUGGGAUCAUCUAUUUAAAAGCAGACGUAGAUGCUAAUGUGUGUGCUUCAUCUGAAUGUGAUUCCACAUAUAUAGAUA